AUGUGGAAUAUGAUGUGUGACGUGAUGCCCACGAUAUCCGAAGAUAGUAUCAGCCAGCGGAGUUCGCAGUUCUCUGGGGAGGAUGCGAAUUUCGAACAGCUCAUGGUUUCUAUGUUGGAUGAACGAGACAAGCUAGUAGAGAGCUUGCGAGAGACGCAAGAGCGUCUCAAUGAUUCCGAGGUGCGAUUGAAGGAUGUGGAGAAGGAACGGGACUCACUGCAGAGACAGAUCGCUGCGAACUUACCUCAGCCAGUUCCAAACACUGACGAUAAUCGGCUCAUUCGAAGUUUUGCCCUAUCGUUCGUGAUGUGUGCAGCGAAGGCGUGGACCGAUUCGCCGGCGCCCGUUUCUCCGUCCGCCUAUUACGCGAGCGUGUUCAAGGCAAGAGCGGAUGGGCCGUUACGAGUUUGUGUGUUUAUCACGAUAGAGGACAAACAUUGUUACGCAAAAGAUGACGCUGUGCCACUGCGGGAAAGUAGACUUACUAUUCACUUACUAUUCGGCCGCAGAGACUGGACC